GGUCAGUCAGACAUGGCGUGUUUUAAAGUCUUAAUCGCAGCGAUACUCGUUUUGGGGAUCCACUGCGCCCUUGGGAGUGCAGCAGCAGUGGAUCUCGACCUUGAGAGAGCGACCACGGCCGCGGACACCACUCGAGAUUGGUGGCAAGUGGCACAAUUUUAUCAGAUCUAUCCGCGCUCCUACAAGGACUCCGAUGGCGAUGGCAUUGGCGACCUGCAGGGCAUCAUUUCCAAGUUGGACUACCUAAAGGAGAUUGGAGUGACUGCCACCUGGCUUUCGCCCAUCUACAGUUCGCCCAUGGCGGACUUCGGAUACGAUAUUUCUGACUUCUUCGAUAUUCAGCCGGAGUACGGCACCCUGGCCGACUUCGAUGAACUGAUCGCGGAGGCUAAAAAGCGGAACAUCAAGAUCAUCCUGGACUUUGUGCCGAACCACUCGAGUGAUGAAAACGUCUGGUUCCAGAAGUCGGUUAAGAGGGAAAAAGGCUAUGAGGACUAUUAUAUGUGGCACGAUGGCUACGUGAAUGCCACUACCGGGAAAAGGGAACCACCGUCCAACUGGCUACAAGCCUUCCGCGGAAGCGCCUGGGAGUGGAACGAUGAACGCCAGCAAUACUACCUCCACCAGUUCGCCGUUAAGCAGCCGGAUCUCAAUUACCGGAAUCCAGCGGUGGUUGCCCAGAUGAAGCGGGUGCUCACCUACUGGUUGGAUCGUGGAGUAGCUGGGUUCCGCAUGGAUGCGGUGCCGUGGUGCUUUGAGGUCUUGCCAGACGCUGAUGGUCGGUAUCCCGACGAGCCGUUGAGUGGCUACACCGAUGAUCCGGAUGACUCCUCCUAUCUGAAGCACAUCUACACUCAGGAUCUGCGCGAAACGGUGGAGAUGGUUUUCCAGUGGCGCACUCUGCUGGACGAUUACCAACGCAUUCACGGCGGUGAUACGCGAGUUAUCAUGGUGGAGACCUAUUCCGGCCUGGACUAUGUGAUGCAGUUCUAUGGCAAUCGUACCACCAAGGGUGCUCAGAUGCCCUUUAAUUUUCAGUUCAUUAUUGGCGGCAAUGGAGACAAGAACAACACUCAGCUCAAUGCGACGGGAUUCGUGAAGAUAAUCAGUAGCUGGUUGAGCCAAAUGCCGGCUGGCCAGACAGCAAACUGGGUGAUGGGAAAUCACGAUCAGCGGAGAGUGGGUAGUCGCUACGGCGAGAACCGCAUCGACUUGAUGAAUAUGCUGCAGAUGUUCCUGCCCGGCGUGAGCAUCACUUAUCAGGGAGAGGAACUGGGAAUGACUGACCUGGACAUCAGCUGGGAGGACAGCCGGGAUCCUGCGGCCUGCAAUUCCAACUCGGAUAUUUACGAGCAGUUCACUCGCGAUCCCGCCAGGACUCCAUUCCAGUGGAGCGAUGAGGCCAACGCAGGUUUCUCCACCAACGCCACCACCUGGUUGCCAAUAAAUCCAAACUAUGUUACCGUAAAUGCAAAGGCGGAGAAUUCCACGAGUCCCAGCCACUUGAGCUUGUACAAGCAGCUGGUGGAUCUGCGAAAAUCAAAGACUCUGCAGUUUGGCGCCACUCGAUAUGCGAAUGUGGGCGACAAUGUGGUGGCCAUUAGGAGGUAUCUGAGCGGGGAGCCCUCCUACGUGCUGGUUGCCAAUGUGCUGGACACCAGUGUCUCUGGAAUAGACGUAGCCAGUGCCAUAUAUGCGACUGGUAGCUACAAAAUCAAGCUGCUCAAUCCGCAAGCCAAGGCCACAGUUGGUGAUAGCGUCACACUGAGCAACUUGACGCUGGAGCCUUACGCAGCCCUGAUUUUGGAGUCUGUCUAGAGUUUACAUAAUCAUAAUCAUAAGUUUGAAGAAGAACAAUGCGUAUACAUAAAGUACAUCGAUAAUGUCUUGCUAUAUGGGCGCAUAAGUCAUUGGGGCGAACGACAUUGCAAAACUUUUCAAUUUUAAGGUCGCGUGCUGGGCCAACUUAUUAUAAAUUAUUAAGGAACUUUGUCCUCGCUCAAGAGUCACAGUCGCGACGAGAGCUGCUGGUGGAGGCAAAGGAAAUUCCAUUAGACGUGAUUGAUAAGACACACAAAUCACGCAUACGCAGCGUUGCUGCCACGCAAACCAAAGGACCGCAGAAGGUGAUUCGGAAAUGAGGCAACCAUAAGCGAGCGUGCGUGGGCUUUGAAUGUGUGGGUGGGUGCCUGGGUGCGCUAGUAAGUAUAGCCCACGCACUUAAAAGCCCUAUGUAGAAGGACCCUGUUAAGCUUUUAAAUUUACUCAUAAAAAUUAAGUGAAAUUAUGGC